AUGGGUCCGGGGCCCCCGGCGGCCGGAGCUGGGGCGCCCCCGCGGCCGCUGUCGCUGGUGGCGCGGCUGAGCUACGCCGUGGGCCACUUCCUCAACGACCUGUGCGCGUCCAUGUGGUUCACCUACCUGCUGCUCUACCUGCACUCGGUGCGCGCCUACAGCUCGCGGGGCGCCGGCCUGCUGCUGCUGCUCGGCCAGGUGGCCGAUGGCCUCUGCACGCCCCUCGUGGGCUACGAGACCGACCGCGCCGCUGGCCGCUGCGCCCGCUGCGGGCCUCGCAAGGCCUGGCACCUGGUUGGCACCACCUGCGUCCUGCUCUCCUUCCCCUUCAUCUUCAGUCCCUGCCUGGGCUGUGGGGCAACCACACCUGAGUGGGCCGCCCUGCUCUACUACGGGCCCUUUAUUGUCAUCUUCCAGUUUGGCUGGGCUGCUACACAGAUUGCCCACCUCAGCCUCAUCCCCGAGCUCAUCACCAAUGACCAUGAGAAGGUGGAGCUCACGGCUCUCAGGUAUGCCUUCACUGUGGUUGCCAACAUCACUGUCUAUGGUGCCGCCUGGCUCCUGCUCCACCUGCAGGCCUCUCUGCACAUGGGGCCCACCCAGGAUAUCAGUGACCAGCUGGGGGUCCAAGAUGUGCCAGUGUUUCGGAACCUCUCCCUAUUGGUGGUGGGCAUUGGAGCCAUCUUCUCACUGCUGUUCCACCUGGGCACCAGGGAGGGGCGCAGGCAGCUGGUGGAGGAGCCAGAUGAACACAGUCCUUUGUUGGCCCCCACCACGGCCCGCCCGUUGCUGCUCUGGAAACACUGGCUUCGGCAGCCAUCCUUUUACCAGGUGGGCUUGCUGUACAUGAGCACAAGGCUCAUCGUGAACCUGUCCCAGACGUACAUGGCCAUGUACCUCACCUACUCCCUCAACCUGCCUAAGAAAUUCAUUGCCACCAUCCCGCUGGUGAUGUAUCUCAGCGGCUUCUUCUCCUCCUUCCUCAUGAACCCAGUCAACAAGUGGAUCGGGAGGAAUAUGACUUACUUUGUGGGCCUCCUGGUGAUCCUGGUCUUUGCAGCCUGGGUGGCACUGGCAGAUGGGCUGGGUGUGGCUGUGUAUGCGGCAGCUGUGCUGCUGGGCACGGGCUGUGCCACCAUCCUUGUCACCUCACUGGCCAUGACAGCCGACCUCAUUGGCCCCCACACGCACAGCGGAGCCUUUGUGUAUGGUGCCAUGAGCUUCUCGGAUAAGGUAGCCAAUGGACUGGCAGUCAUGAUCAUCCAGAGCCUGUACCCAUGUUCCUCAGAGCUCUGCUGUGGGGCCUGUGUAGGCUUCUACCACUGGGUGAUGGUGGCUGUGACAGGCGGCGUAGGCGUGGCCGCCACCCUCUUUCUAUGCAGUCUCCUCAUCUGGCCCAUCCGCCUGCGGAGCUGAGCUCCUGGAGCCUAA